AUGCCGGGUUUUAACGUUGCGGUGUUUAUCGGGUUUUCUGCAUCCUUCCUGUCAUCGUUGGUAGAGUCCGUGGGGGACUAUUUUGCUGCUUCGAAGGCAUGUGAAGUAGAUACUCCGCCAAAUCACGCGGUAAACAGAGGGAUCUUGAUGGAAGGGCUAGGUGGCCUUCUAUCUGGUGCCACGGGUGUCGGCCAUGCUACGACGUCCUUUAGCGGCAACAUUGCAGCCAUUUCUGUGUCGAAGACAGGGAGCAGGCAUGUGAUGAUCUGUGCAGGAAUAUUGCUGCUUAUCUUUGCCUUUCUUGGGAAGUUUGGUGCUGGGUUGGCUUCCAUACCCAACCCAGCUUUAGGGGGUGUCCUCAUCCCAACGUUGGGGAUGCUGGUCUCCCUUGGGUUGUCUACACUCCGUUAUGUCAACUUGACUUCGUCCAGAAACCUCACGAUUUUGGGGACGGCAAUGUUUGUUGGUAUAUUCCUUCCUGAGUGGAUUAACUUGCAUCCAGACUUUAUCAACACAGGAAACACUGAAGGGAAUGCCAUUUUGAAAGUCAUCUUUGGUACUCCAAUGUUCCUGGGCGGUAUGAUUGCUGUGAUUCUUGAUAAUACUGUGAAAGUUCCUGUUCACAACACGAGUCACGUGCAGAGCAGUGCUGUGAUGAUAACUGAUGCCACCCCAUACAAUUACCCUUCGUCCUCCCGAACCUUCGGCCUGCAUAAUGGCAGCAGGCGGGACCUCCAGUACGCCUUCGGAUUGGGAAAAGCUGAAUCCUGA